CAGUCUUCUUCAGGAUUGUGAAACCACCUCUCUGAGAGUUAUAAUGAGUUAUCAACAGGGGACUGAGGGUGGUGCCAUCCCUAAAGAAAGACAGAAGGAUGGGUCACCAAACAAGGAUCUUGAUGAGACCAUGGACCCUGAUAUUAAGAGUGUCCAUCCAGAGAUAGAUGAGUCUGUUUCCUCUGGUUAUUUAUCAAUGAAGAGUGACCAAUCCAUGGAACUCCCUUUUCGUUUCAAAGGGCCAGGAGAGGUACCCUGUGAUAUCUGCUCUGAGGUCAAAGCUGUGAAGUUCUGUCUGACCUGCACUCUCUCCUACUGUGAGACCCACGUUAGGAAGCACUACACAGUACCUAAACUACAGAGACACACCCUGGUGGAGGUGACUGGAGACCUGGAGGAGAGACUCUGUCAGGAGCACCACAGAGCUCUGGAGGUGUUCUGCAGGACAGACCAGAUGCUGAUCUGCUUGGAGUGUUCAGUGACAAAGCACAAAGGUCAUGACCUGAUCAUUGAAGAGAUAAAACAAACAGGAAGACAGACUUUUGAUGGAGAGCAACGCCAAAGGCCAGAGUCAGUCGACGUGCUGCCCCCUCCUGGGAAGAUCCAGGUCCUGUCAGUGAGAUCAGACUCCGUGUCUCUGAGCUGGGGGUUCUCCUGA